GACGGGGGCUGCGGCAGCAAUCAGUGGCAGUGUGAUGAUGGAGUGUGUGUGUCACACAGAUGGCGCUGUGACGGUGUCAGUGACUGCCAGGAUGGAUCUGAUGAGAUGGACUGCAUAUGUCAGCCUGGAGAUUUGGAGUGCGCGGAUGGCUCCGGGUGUGUGAUUGGGUCUGGUGUUUGUGACGGGCGUCCCCAGUGUCCCGAUGCUUCAGAUGAGUGGGACUGCAGCAGGCGUUUGGGGUGUCUGUCAGGUGACUGGAAGUGCAGGAACAACAUUUGCAUCCCACAAAAUCUUCUCUGCAAUGACGUCAAUGACUGCGGUGACAACUCUGAUGAAGAAUCCUGUGGUUCCUGUGGGAAGAUGAGCAUCCGCUGUCCUGAUGGCACAUGUCUAACCUCGAGACUGAGGUGUGACGGAGUUGCUCAAUGCUCUGAUAAGAGAGAUGAGCCUGUAACAUGUGGUAAAAGUUGUCAUUAUGGGAAUGGCGGCUGUAGUCAUACUUGCAUUGACCAGCUUUGGGGAGCUUUGUGCACUUGUCCCACUGGAAUGACCCUUUCUUCAAAUGGACUUGAUUGUGAAGAUGUCAAUGAGUGUGCCCAGUCUUUUGGACCUUGUAUGCACUUGUGCACAAACACACCCGGGUCUUUUCAGUGUCUGUGCCAGAAUGGUUUCAAAGCUCUUGACAAUGGCUCUUGUGAAGCUCAAGGAGUCGUGACAAAGAUCUUGACCUCCAGGAAGGGGUUGAUUGGUUUAGUGAAUGUGAAGACCAGAGUCUACGAGCCGCUCUUUACAAGCGGGAGUGACCCUGUAGCCAUGACCUACGAUAUUCAGAGAAACUUCAUCUACUGGGCUGAUAAAGAUGGGAAUAUCUACAAGGCUUUUAAACGGAGGAGCACAAUUCUUUAUUCAGGGCAGUCUGGUUUGCACAGUCUAGCCAUCGACUGGCUUACUGGACAGCUGUACUGGACGAGUGUUACCCAGAAAGCCAUUCUCACAGGUGCAGCUGAUGGCAGUGCUGUAGGCAUGGUCAUGUCCAAAGAAAUGGACCCGAGAGAGAUGGUCCUCAGCCCGACUGAGAGUUUCAUAUUUUGGAUUAAUAAAGGAGCGAAUGACGAGCUGACCAUCGAGAGGGCGGAGAUGGACGGUUUGAAUCGGACUACACUGGUUUUCAUUACUGCGCAGCUCCCGAGGAGUCUGACGAUGGAUGUGGCGGCACGCCGGCUGUAUUGGAUCAGUGUUUACAAAGCGUCAAUUGAGAGCGUCAGGACAGACGGCUCGGGACUGCACACCUUCUGGGGUUUCUUUCAAGGCCGUCCUGCUCAGACCCUGGCCGUGUUUAACGGCUGGUUUUACUGGGCCGAUGAGAAAAAGCUCUCGCAGGCUUCUCAAAGUAUGCCUGCUGACACACAAAAUGGUUUCAUCUUAAAAGCCUCGCUUCCUCUCUUGAACAUCUACCAUGCUCUUCAGCAACCCCGAGGUUUUGCUCCAUGUAAAGACUCGGGCUGCCGGCUGUGUUUGCCCUCCAAGAAAAGUGCUGCUGGAUUCACCUGUCUGUGUCCUGAGGGAGCGCUGCCCAUGUCUUGGGGAUCUUGUGAAAAUUUUAAGGUCGCCUAUGCAACAGCCACGGCUAUUUACAGUUUGGAGUUUGCAGGAAAGAUUCCUGUGAAAACUGAACUCUUUACUUCAGAUGAAGACAUCCAGUCCUUUGACAUGUACUGGCGGAGAGGAUGUGUGGUUUGGUCUAAUGGGACGGGCCAUGUGAAGACGAACAUACAGUCUCAGGACUUAUCGGAGUACAUCCUGACAUUAAAACCUGCCUGCCUCGUCAGAGUUGACCAGAGGACUGGGAAUCUGUAUUGGCUGGACUGCGAUGAACUUUCCAUUGGCGUUUCUACCAUUGGCCCUCUCGACCAAAGUAUCUCCAGACAGCUGUAUCAAGCCAGAACCGCAAUCCUAGACCUCUUUGUGGACUGGCAGAGAGGAAAGCUGUACUGGCUGGAGGGAGGUCAGAUCAUGAGGAUGAAACUGGGUCUGAUUGGUGGAAAUGCCGAAACUGCCUUCAGCUUUGAGGAGGAUGGGGUCAAAACCGUUGUGUUUGACCGUAAAGCGAAUGGCUUCCUUUGGAACAUGGAGUCUUACUUGCAGGUUAUGAGUCUACUGAAGAUGAGAAGGUACUCUGCUGGUAAAGACUGGGUCGUUCCUGGCUCCCUCAUGGCUGCUUAUGAACCCUACACGGUGACCUUGUUCAAUAACAUCCUGACUGUGUGGAAUCGCAAAGAUGGAGCUCGCGUCUCAGGGGUGGCGGUAGAGAAUGGAGUUAUUAGCUUAUCUGUUGCCCUCAGGGAAGUCCAACAAGAUACAACAACUGAAGAUGUGCGUCCUACUGAGGUGACUUGCCAAAGUCCCCAAGUCACUUGUCAAGGAUCAGCCGUGUGUAUCAGCCGAUCUCAGCGCUGUGAUGGGAACAGAGACUGUCCGGAUGGAUCUGAUGAGGCCUCGUGUGUGCACAUGUGUGCAAAGACAGAUGACUUCCUGUGUAAGGACAGGAGGAAGUGUGUGGAGAGGAAUCUGGUGUGUGACGGCCGCUCUCACUGCACUGACGGGUCAGAUGAGACGGGAUGUCCCACCACAGCUCCUGAAACCGUCUCCACACCAUUCAGGUGUCGCGUGGGCUCUAAACCCUGUGAGGACGGCCGUGAGUGUGUGCUGUACAGUCAUGUGUGUGAUGGAGAGAUGGACUGUAAAGAUGGAUCUGAUGAACACGACUGUGAAUAUCGCUGUAAAGCAGAUCAGUUCCAGUGCGCUCAUGGGAGGAUGUGUAACGACAGAAAGCAGGUGUGUGACGGCACACCUCAGUGUCAGGAUCGCUCUGAUGAACUGGACUGUUUCAGUCGCUCACACGAAUGCAAACAUCAGUGUGAUAAUAAAACUCGCUGCAUCCCAGAGAGCUUCCUCUGUGACGGAGAGAAAGACUGUGUGGACGCCACCGAUGAAGACAACUGUGCUGAGAUUAAAAGAGGGCAUAUCAAUUUGUUGAAACUGGACAAAGACAAGUCAGGUUUGCAGCCUCCAGCUCCAGUCUGUAGAAGUCCAUCCAUGAUGUGUCCAGGAACAUCACUGUGCGUUUCCCAGAUCCGGCUGUGCGAUGGGAAGAAGGACUGCCCGGAUGGUUCUGAUGAAGUUUCAUGUGUAGACACUUGUUCAAAACCUGGUGACUUCCUGUGUAAGGACAGAAGGAAGUGUAUUGAUGGGAAUCUGGUGUGUGACGGCCGCUCUCACUGCAUUGAUGGCUCUGAUGAGGUGGCUUGUUACAUGGCGGCUAGAACCUCAACUACAGCGCUAUUAAAGUGUCGCGUGGGCUCUAAACCCUGUGAGGACGGCCUUGAGUGUGUGCUGCUCAGUCAUGUGUGUGAUGGAGAGAUGGACUGUAAAGAUGGAUCAGAUGAACACGACUGUGGUCGUCAGUGCCAGCCUGGGCAGUUCCAGUGCACUUCUGGAGCGAGGUGUGUUGAAAUCAAUCAGGUGUGUGAUAGGACUCCUCAGUGUCUGGAUAAGUCUGAUGAAGCAGGAUGCUGGAAACCCUCAAGGAGCUGCAGCAUGCGUUGUGACCGGGACAAUCACUGUAUUCCUGAAGUCUUCAUCUGCAACUGGAUUAGGGACUGUCGAGAUGGCACUGAUGAAGCCGACUGUGCUGUAUCCAGACCAGCUCAGACCAGCUGUAAGAGUCCCUCUGUCUUGUGUCCCGGGACGUCAGUGUGUGUGUGUCUCAGGCUCAGCUGUGUGACGGCACAAGAGACUGUCCCGAUGGAUCUGAUGAAGCUUCUUGACAGGAGGAAGUGUAUUAAUGGAGCUCUGGUGUGUGACGGCCGCUCUCAUUGUGCUGAUGGUUCAAAUGAGCUGCGAUGUCCUAGCAUAGCGACUGAAACCACAAGCGCAGCAUCCUUCAAGUGUCGUGUGGGCUCUAAACCCUAUGAGGACGGCCGGAUGUUUCAGUGUAUUCAGGGGAAGAAGUGUAUUGACUUCCGACAGGUGUGUGAUGGGACUCCUCAGUGUCCGGAUCACUCGGAUGAAGCAGGAUGCUGGAAACCCACCAAGAGCUGCAGCAUCCGCUGCGAUGGGAACAGCCGCUGUGUCCCAGAGGUGUUCGUCUGUAACGGGAUGAGGGACUGCUGGGAUGGCUCCGAUGAGGCCGACUGUGCAAUGCCUACUCCACCAUCACCUUGUAAAAUCCCUUACGUGGCUUGUCAAGGGACGUCGCUGUGUAUCCUGCAGCGCUAUCUGUGCGACGGGAGAAAAGACUGUCCUGAUGGAUCUGAUGAGAGACCGUGUCUUCGCAACUGCCCAUACCGCAGUGAAUUCAUGUGUAAAGACAGGACGAAGUGUAUUGAGAGGAAUCUGGUGUGUGACGGCCGCUCGCACUGCAUUGACGGGUCAGAUGAGACGGGAUGUCCCACAGCAGAGACUACAUCCUCAACCAAGUGUCGUGUGGGCUCUAAACCCUGUGAGGACGGCCGUGAGUGUGUGCUGUACAGUCAUGUGUGUGAUGGAGAGAUGGACUGUAAAGAUGGAUCUGAUGAACACGACUGUGAAUAUCAGUGUAAAGCAGAUCAGUUCCAGUGCGCUCAUGGGAGGAUGUGUAUCGACAGAAAGCAGGUGUGUGACGGCACACCUCAGUGUCAGGAUCGCUCUGAUGAACUGGACUGUUUCAGUCGCUCACACGAAUGCAAACAUCAGUGUGAUAAUAAAACUCGCUGCAUCCCAGAGAGCUUCCUCUGUGACAGAGAGAAAGACUGUGUGGACGCCACCGAUGAAGACAACUGUGCUCCUAUUACUGGCCCAUCCGUCACAGACCAGCCAGUCUGCAUUAGCCCUUCUGUAUUUUGUCAUGAAACCUCAAAAUGCAUCUCACAGUCCCUGAUGUGUGAUGGAAAGACGGACUGUCCCAGUGGAGCUGAUGAGCAGUUUUGCAUAUAUUCAUGUCCAGAUCCAGGCCAGUUUCUGUGCAAGGACAGACGGAAGUGUGUUGAGAGCUCUCUGGUGUGUGACGGUCAUCCACACUGCGCUGACGGCUCGGAUGAGAAACAGUGCCCCGUCUGUGCCAUGCUUUGUGAUCAGAAGAGUGUUUGCCUGACGAGUCAGCAGAUCUGUGACUGCCAGUUCCAGUGCACUCAUGGCAGGAAGUGUAUAGACAUGAAGCUUGUGUGUGACGGCACACCUCAGUGUCAGGACCGAUCCGAUGAAAUCGACUGCAUGAAGCUCUCAGAGGAGUGCAGGCACCCGUGUGACAAUAAGACCCGCUGCGUUCCUGAAACCUUCCUCUUUGUAGAGCCCUGUUCUGGAGAGCGGUUCCAGUGCAGUAGCGGUCAGUGUGUGGCGCUGGCUCUCCGCUGUGAUGGGUACACUGACUGUCGUGAUCACUCGGAUGAGAAGGGCUGUCCUCAGCCCCCACACUGUCCUGUGGAGCAGCGCUGCCCCAACACACACGAGUGUCUGCUGAAAGAAUGGCUCUGUGAUGGAGACCAGGACUGCAGUGAUGGGUCUGAUGAGAGGGUGAGGAACCACACUGAGGAACCCAGUCUUUUGGUCUCUGAACAAAAUGAGCUGUUAAAAUUGGGUCUGCGGAGCUCCAGCAUUCAGGCCCUCACUACAGCGGGACGCAAGCCCAUCUUCUCUCUGGACUACGACCUGAAAGAGCAGAGGGUGUACUGGGUCAGCCUGGAGGAAGAGCGCAUCAAAUAUGCCUUCCACGGAGAAAAGGACAACAUUCAAACUAUCAUCAAAGAUGUGAAGUCGGACUCCAUUGCUAUCGACUGGAUGGGAAGGAACCUUUACUGGGUGGAUGGUGUUGCUGGGCAGAUUCUAGCUGUGAGAUUGACCAAUAGUAUUGUACAGCCCCAAAACUACAUAGUAGUUGUGGAACAGGAUUUGCAUCAGCCUCGUUCGCUUGUGCUGCUGCCUCAGAAAGGGGUAAUGUUCUGGUCAGAGAUCGGAGGUCAGGCACAGAUCGAGCGCUCUAGCAUGGACGGCUCAGACAGGAAAGUGGUGGUCAGCCGCGGUCUCGAGCAGCCUGUUAGCGUGACUGUGGACACACUGACUGACAGACUAUACUGGACUGAAGAGAAGCUCAGAUGUAUAGGCUCAGCGACGCUGGAUGGAGAAAACAUAAGGUUGCUACAGCUGUCUGAGAUGCCUAGUCCCUUCUCUGUGGCGGUGUUCAAUGACAUGGUCUACUGGUCCGACACGCACAGAAGAUCCGUUCAAGGUGCCAAUAAACUGACUGGCAAGAACCGGCAAGUUCUUCUCAAGAGACCCGGCCAGCCCUUCGACCUCAAAGUUGUGCAAGCUGUUUUGCAGCCCAAUGUGUCCGGCCCGUGUGAGAAGCUCGGGUGCUCUCACGUGUGUUUGCUGGCUCCGGGGCUCAGAGCGGUGUGUCGCUGCCCUGUGGGGCUUCUCUUAACCUCAGACGGAUUCAGCUGCACCCCACCUGUCGAUUCCUCCUCUCCUUUCCUUCUGUUACUGUCUCCUACCGUGAUUACACAGGUCUUCACUAAGGGACUUGAGGCAGAGUUUGGACUGAAGACGUGGCCGGAGCACCGUGCUCUGGCUCUGCCGGCUGUGAAUGAAGCUUCAGACUUCGAUCUGCUCCUCGAGGACCGCACCGUCUCUGUAGCUGACGCCGGACGAGGAUCUGUAGCUCAGCUCAAACUCAGCAGCUCUGGGUUCACACCCAUCGGUCACGUACUUCAGCUCAAAGGGGACCUGGUGACCGCUCUGGCUGUGGACUGGGUCACCCGAAACCUUUACUGGAGCAGCGUCAAAAGCCCCCAGCUUUACGUCACGUCCCCCGAAGGGAAAUACACCAGCCUGCUGCUGCAAGCUGAGCUGGAGGGAAGGAUCUCCAUCGCCCUGCACCCUCCCACGGGCCGCCUGUGCUUCACCGCAGUGGGACGGAGGGGACCCCAAUCUUUGCCUCAGGUGGACUGCGCUCACAUGGACGGGAGCAAUCGCACGCUGCUGUGGAGCAAAGCAAAGAUGCCGGUUUCACUUGCCUUUUCUGAGAAAGGAACUACACUGUAUUGGGCAGAUAUUGGAAAUGAACUGAUCGGCUCUAUUAAUAUGGAUGGCUCGAAUUAUAAGGCGUUCCUCACUGGGUGUGCCUUCAUGGUGUCUUUAGCCUGUGUUGAGAACAUCUUCUUCUGGGUCACACUGGACAACGGUUCAGCUGAAGUGUGGUACACGGAUGGCUUCCAGCCCAAACACAUGUGGUUUGAGGUGAAGACAAACAUCAUAGAGCUGAAGGCUUACAGCAGCUCCAGUCAGAAAGGAACCAAUGUCUGUUCUGAACACAACGGGGGCUGCAGUCACCUGUGUCUGCCGUAUCCAGGUGGACGCUCCUGUCGCUGUGCGCAGAACUACCUCUCUGUCAACAAAACCAAAUGUGUUUCCAGCCUCAAGUGUCCCGUGGGCAGUAAAGCGUGCAGAGACGGCCUCUCGUGCAUCCCUGCAGCCAAGAUCUGUGACCAGAUCCCAGACUGUCAGGACGGCUCGGAUGAAGAGUGUGAGUGA